AUGGAAACGCCAAGGACCGUUUCUCCCCCCAUUUCUCAUAAUUCGACUUCAAGUGCUGGUGUAUCCACAAAUAGUAGCAACAACGCACCUCCCACCUCCAUUCUUCCAAACGCGCCAUUUCCACAACCAGCUCCUCGUCCACCUUCACUCUCGUCAGUUUCGGCUUCAACGACUGCAACAACUGCAGUAGAUCCCGCCGGUGGGAUUAAUCCGCAUUCCUCGUACGAGAAUUUUACCGAGUUAGUGAAUAAACGUAUACUCACUUUUCAGUACUUGAAACGUGCGCAUGAAGGGCGAGUACAUUGGUUUAAUACUGUGUGCUUGUCGAAAGAAGAUUUGGUUCUGUGGUAUCAAAACGAUAGAAUGAAGCGACGUACUGGUAAUUUUUUCAUUCUUGGCGCGUCGUUGGCACCAAUAUUGGAUAUCACCAAUCCGCCUGAUUACGUGCGUGCGUUAACGGUGAUGUUACAAGAAUUUGAAUAUCAUACGAACGAAAACUCGAGGCAAAAAAUGAAAAUGUUUUUCAGAAAAUCAAAAAUAAAUAAGGAUGAGGACGCGUCAUUUCAAGAAAGUGGAGAAUACACGUAUCUUUUUGUGCCUAAUAUACCUUUUGAAUUAGAUUAUUUUCAGACAUUUUACACGUUAUGUGAUAUUCUGGUAGAAACAUACAAUAAAUUCUUGAUUGACACGACGAAUUUAUGGUCCGGGCCGUUUAUAGAAAGUGUAAUGAAAGUUGAUGGGAAAUUCAAGAAAAUUAUUUCAAUGGUCGCAAAGGAAAUUGAUCAGCUAGCAAGAAACGCAAUAAAAGAGGAACUACGAUCUGUCGACCCCAUGAUAAUGAUGAAAAUUCUUUUGUUCGGCUCAGGAUUUGUCGCCGGUCCAGCUGUCGAAUAUAUUUUACGACGUCCGGAAAAUCGCUUGACAAUUGGAACAGCUGUCCGUCAUAUUGAACAAGCUCGCGCGCUCGCAAGACCUUUUGGAUCACGUGCUACAGCCAUUUCUUUGGAUGUAACAAAUGAGCAGGAUUUGGAUAAUCAAGUGUCAAAGCAUGAUCUUGUGAUCAGCUUGAUUCCUUAUACUCUUCAUCCUUUUGUGAUCAAGUCUGCUAUCAAGUUCAAGAAAAAUGUUGUCACGACUAGUUACGUUUCCGAUGCCAUCAGGGCCUUUGACGAAGCGGCAAAGGAAGCUGGUAUCACUAUAAUGAAUGAAAUCGGUCUUGAUCCCGGAAUUGAUCAUCUAUACGCUGUAAAAACAAUUAAUGAGGUCCAUCAAAAGGGUGGCAAGAUUUUAUCAUUUAUAUCAUACUGUGGUGGUCUUCCUGCCCCGGAAAACUCUAAUAAUCCACUAGGUUACAAGUUCAGCUGGUCAUCGCGCGGAGUCUUACUCGCGUUAAGAAAUUCGGCGAAAUACUACGAAAAUGGCAAGGUUGUGGAAAUCGCUGGACAUGAUCUUAUGGACACAGCGAAACCAUAUCAUAUUUAUCCGGGCUUCGCUUUUGUUGCAUAUGCAAAUCGCGAUUCUACUUCCUUCAAGGAACGGUAUAAUAUUCUUGAAGCGAAGACGAUUGUACGUGGUACGCUAAGAUAUCAGGGAUUCCCAUCUUUUGUUAAAGUAUUGGUUGAUGUUGGGCUUUUGGAUGAUACACAGCAAGAUCAUUUGCAACCGGAUGCGCCGGAUAUUUCAUGGAAUCAAGUUUUAGCACGACUAUUAAGUAGCCCGAGCAUUCAAGAAAAUGACCUUCGUGCGGCAAUUCGUUCCAAAGCAUCGGGAACUAUAGAGCAUGAUGAUAUUGAGAGAAUUUUAAACGGCUUUAAAUGGCUUGGACUUUUCUCUUCUGAUUUAGUUGAUCGUCGAGGGACACUACUUGACACAUUAUGCGCGACGCUUGAAGACAAAAUGAAAUAUGGUGAAGGCGAGCGUGAUAUGGUGUUACUGCAGCAUAAAUUUGAGAUUGAACUUAAAGAUGGGACAAAGGAAACGCAAACUUCUACAUUAUUAGCCUACGGGAACCCGAACGGUUACUCUGCUAUGGCAACCACUGUUGGUACACCAUGUGGUAUUGCUACACAGCUAAUUCUCGAUGGUGUGAUUAGUAAAAAAGGUGUUUUGGCUCCGUAUAGUCCGGAAAUUAAUGACCCUAUUAUCGAGGCUUUAGAAAAAGAAGGGAUCAAAGUACUCGAAGAGAAAUUGUGA